AUGGAAGUUGCUUUCCAAGCAAAGCUCAAGGCAAAUGAUGCUGGCGAGACUGUACUUGACGCAGAGUGGUUCGCGAAGCGUUUAGAAGAUUUCAAAGAUGUCCACAAACAACCACCGCUCGACCUUGUCGGCUGGUUCACACUUGGACCUCGCUCCGGACCUCAACCCCACAUCCUCCCGAUCCACUCCCACAUAUCAGAGUUCUACACUGAAUCUCCGCUACUGGUACUAUUCCAUCCGGAAGAUGCCUUCUCAGAAGCUACAGCUGCCGGAAAGUUGCCGCUCACACUGUAUGAGCCCAUCUCAGAGAAUGUCACCAGUGACCCCAACGACAAGGCUAUGGACAUUGAUGGUGCGGUGCAGGCAAGAUCGACAAAGUUCAAGGAACUCGUGUACACCAUUGAGACUGGAGAGGCAGAGAUGAUCAGUGUGGACUUCGUGGCUCGCGGUGGUGGCAAUGCUACAGCUGUCGAGGGCACCGCAGCACCAAAGGCAGGACCAUCCAAAGUGGACGAGGCUGCAGGAAAGAAGUCAUCUUCGAGAGGCAAGCAAAAGGAAAAGAAAGAAGACAAGGAAAAGGAUGCGCCUAUUGACGAAUCUCUGGUCAUGACUGCGGAAGAUGAUGAGAUCCUUUCUUCCCUGACGGCCAAGAUGAACGCCAUUCGCAUGCUCAGUCGCCGCAUCCAACUCCUCCGCACAUACCUCGAUACCCUCCCACCAUCAUACCUGUCCGAUCCUUCACUCCCACUGGCUCCGACUGUAGACACCCAGAACCAGCUGCCGCUGAACCAUUCGAUUCUGCGCAGUAUAUCUGCCACGCUAUCCCGCAUCAACAUCCUCGCUCCACCCGAUGCAGAUGCUUUCACACUCGAGUCACAACAAGAGGCCUCCGAUGUCCAGCUCGUCAAUCUACUCUCAUCUAUCACGAACUCAGUGUCGGCAGCAAAGGAACUUGGUCGCAAGAGCCACAUCGUCGAGCACGCCAAAAGCCAGGGCAAGAACCGCAUGGGUAUGGGCAUGAUGGGUGGAUAUGGAGGCGACGCGUCUGGUGGAGGUGCCUACUUCAACACAGUCAUGGGCGGCAGUGGAGGUAGUGGAGCUGCAUGUCCGUCCAAAAAAGACGUCAUCAUGGGCAUUGUGCCUCCUUGGAGGUACGCCGACGAAGAUCCAUCGGGAGCGGUCGUCAUCGGCUGGUAUGUCCAAGUGUUAUCAAUUGCGAUUCUCGUCUUCAUCUGGCCAAUCUUCAUCAUCCUCACGCCCAUAAUGGUACCCUUGUGCAUCAUCGGGAUUUCCAUUCACUUUUUCGCCUGGCUCUACCGCACCAUCCGCGACCAGGGGAUUCGGGGCCCUCCACGCGAAAUAUACGACUUCCUGCGGUGGCUUCGCCGGGAUCUGAGAGAUGCUUGGCUAGAUUUCUGCGAUGCCUUCCGGGAGCUCAUGCACUCUUGGAGGUAG